ACAUAGAGUACAAGAGUUUGGUCAUCUGGCAUAGUUAUAUUCGUUAUGGCGGCUCAAAAAAGGUUGCAACAUGAAUUGAUGGGAAUUCAAGAAAAUCCUCCGGAAAAUGUUACUGCUGGGCCUGUGGAUGAAUGUGAUAUUUACCAUUGGCAAGCCACAAUCACUGGGCCACCAGAUACUCCAUACCAAGGUGGAUUAUUUUUUCUGGACAUUCGCUAUCCGUGUGAUUACCCAUUUAAGCCACCAAAUGUGCGCUUCAUCACGAAAAUCUAUCAUCCCAACAUAAACUCUCAAGGUGGUAUUUGUGUCGAUAUUCUACGAGACAACUGGUCUCCUGCUUUAACCACUUCCAAAGUUCUGUUGUCCAUAUCUUCAUUACUUGCAAAUCCAAAUCCUGAUGAUCCUCUUGUGCCAGAAAUUGCAAAUUUGUACAAGUUUGACCGUUUACAAUACAACAAAAAUGCAAGGGAAUUCAGUAAGAAAUAUGCUAUGUGACCAACUGAUUCUGAACCUUCAAAUAUCACUGUCAUUCAGAGUUCAAUCCUAUUUAAUCCCAUUCAGUCUAUAAUGGUUAAUCCAUAUGGCUAAACUGAAAAUGAUUUAAACCAUAGAAACAAAUUAUUUUCAAAUAAUGCAUGGAUUUAUGGGUUUUAUAUAAGGAUUUAAUGUAAAAGAGCAAAAUUUGAAAAAGCUAUUUUGAGUAAAAUUUUUAUAUUUUUUUAAUUCCCUGUAAUCUUUUUAUUGGAAUAUUUUGAUGAAUAUUGCCUCAAACUAUGAUUGAUAUUGAGUACAAAUUUCUAUAUCAAAUUUUCAGAUUUAAAUAGGCCUAUUCAUUGAAAUUUCAACAUCUGCCCUUUUAUCUUAAAACCCCUGAUUUAAUUUCUUGUUUUUUUUUUGUCUCGACAUCUCGUUCGGCAAAAAACAUGCGUAAGGCUUGGCUAAAAUGUUUUUAUUGUGAGGUCAGAUGUUUGAAGCAUUCCACUGUUUUUCUUUUUUAUCUCUGGUCCUAAACCCAUUCUGUGACCCAUCAUAAAUAAUAGUGGUAGUAAUCCAUCCUUUAUAGAAUUCAGUUACAUGAUUCUCAUCAUUAUUAAAUGGACUGUAUUGGAAUGUUUUAUAUUAAAUUUGUCUGACUUUAUUCAAAAUAAUAAGUUUGUUUUCUACUCUGAAAAGUUCUGAUAUUACAAUCUGAUCAAUUUCAAAUAAAAGUGUCAAAUUCUCAUGUUAAUAUAAUCAAUGAAAGUUUAAUAGUUAUGUUUGUCCUAUUUAGGGACAGGAAAUCUAAUUUUUAUUUAUUAACAUUCCUGCUUGGUGAUAUACCAACUUAGAGAUAGAGAAGCAUUAUGUUUACUAUUUAAUUAUUUUAAGUAUCCAAGAUGCCUUCUUCAUUGUGCUGUGAUCUCAUGUUUGAAAAUUAUUUUUAAAUUUUAGGUAAUUUUUGUGGUGUGCUUUUAAUCUUAUGAACUGUUUGUCCUUUUUUAGUCAGUAUUAUUUUCACCUCUAUGUCAAAAAUAUUUUAUAUUUACCUGAUAAUGAAUAUUGACUAUCCUACUAGUCAGACUUUCCAUCUUGUUAAAUGCAUUAUUCUCUUAGAUUAUUAUCAUUUUAGUCAAUCUAGAGUUCUUUGACUUAAACAGGCAAAGUAUGUUGUAAACCUGCAUUUUUUAUACUAUGAGUUUCAAAUCUAUACAAGCUUUUUCGGAUAAAUUUAGUUUUAUCAUUGUGCAGCAACAAGGUGAUGAAUCAGAAUUUAUGAAUGAAAAAAUUGAAAUUGUUACCCCUCAGCAUUUACUGUUGGUUCCGAUUGAUUUGAAUUUUAAAUCAUCCAUUUUUUUUGGCACACAAGCAUUGGUGAAGUACUUGAUUUUGUACCAGUACUUUUUGCAAAAUUCUGGAGAAAUUUUGAAUUUUAUUGUUUGUGUGAAGUCAAGAGCUGUGUUAUCCAGAUUUCAUAUAGAAUCUUUUUUGAAUGAGUGUAUUGAAACAAUUCACAUCGACUGACAUGAAAUAUUCUUGUGGUGCGAGAUCAGAAUCCUUUCAAGUUCAAUAUCAAAAGACUCAUUUUUAUUAUUUCAAUGGAGUAGACAAAGACAUUAAAUGAUCUACCAUUCUAUAUUGUGUCUAAAUUUGUAGAACAAAAAAUUUAAUUGGAAUCUUUCGCUAUAAAAACUAAGUACAUUAUUAGAUUGUUGAAAAAUCAUGUGGAAUUUCUCCUCAUGAAAUUAUUAUAGCAGAUCGAUAAUCAUUUUUGCUGCAAAAUAUAUUCAAAUUAAUACUCAAUCUGGCUUGAUGGUCCUUUUUUAUUCCUUUGAGAUAGUUCAAAAAUAUAUAACUGGCCUUCCUUAUUAAUCAUAAUAGUAAAAUAGUCUGUAUUGUUUAAAAUUGUAUGUAUCUUCUUUCGUAAUAUAUGUGUUCCGAUAUCGAUCAUAAGUCAGUACUUACGGUAUUUAAAAUGAAGCACUCAUUCAAACUAACUGUCUUCAACUUUGCCCUUUUUGUCUUUUUUCAUUUGAAUUUUCCGUUUUGAAUAAAAGUACUUUGUUUAGCCACUGUA